AUGGAACCACUAGAGGCUUUAGUGUUUAAAAAGUCCACUUGCUCUCAGAAUGAAGGCAAGGUGGUGGAAAAUAUUAGUAAAUACCUUAUUUCAGUACUCGAAGAGUUGUCCAGGCCCAAUGGUCGCCCUUCUAUCUCCCUAAAGCGUCGAUCAAAGCAGUCGGGCUAUACCCUUAACCCAGAGACCGGUGCUUUAGAAUCAAGCGAUGAAGUCCAUGCCUAUACAUACUCCUGGCCGGGAAAGACAACGCAGGAGGGCUGGCGAUUUGGCCUGAUAUCAGAAGCAAUCGAUGGGAAUUUUACAAGCUCUAAAAGAGAUAUUUUCUACCAGGAUCCGGUGUACUUUGGGUCCCAGAAGCUGGUAGAUAGAUACGUUGAUGACAUUGCCUUCACAUUUGGGGUUGACAGGGCCGCCUUACAUGUGACUGCUGCAGCAAAAGGCGCAAUAGGUGGGCAUUUUAGGAUUGAAUUGAAGAAUGGUUCAUCAAUACAAGUUGAGGCUUGCGCUGAGGGUAUAACUAUUCCAAGGAUUGAUGAGAUCGAAAAAAUAGAUGUCUCGGGAAUCUCAUGGAUUCUAGUUAUAGAGAAAGAGGCAGUGUAUCACCGCUUAGUGACAUCAGGCUACCAUAAGUCAUCCGUAGCAGGAAACGGGAUCCUUUUAACCGGCAAGGGCUACCCAGAUGUCAGUAGCAGGGAAUUUUUACGCCUACUUUCACAAUCGAGCAAUCAAGAAUCUAGCUUUAACUUGCUUGCCGCCAAUCCUGCUUUUGCUUCUCUACCAGUAUACAUAUUGGUUGACAGUGACCCAGAUGGGAUGGCCAUUAUGUCCACCUACAAAUAUGGGUCAAUGGCACAGGUCCACCAAAAUGCCUAUCUCAAUGUACCCUCCAUCCAAUGGAUAGGCCUCUAUGCUUCUGAGAUGAUACCGACAGUAGAUUUUCUAAACGGGUCUUCCCUAAUUCCAAUGAGCCGGCGCGAUCGAAAGAAGGCCGAAGCUAUGCUUAACCGAAACCCAUGCUUCGCUGAAGAUGGGCCGGAACCUAGCUGGCGGAAAGAGCUGCAAUCACUACUAGUUAUGAAUAUGAAGGCAGAGAUCGAAAUUCUGUAUGAAUGUGAUGGUGGCGUAGAGGGAUGGCUUGAUGGAAAGUUGUCAAAAUUAGGUUGA